AUGUUCGUUAACCGAGUCCUGAAAAGUGGGAAAAAGUCACUGGCCUAUUUCAUUAUGUACCGAGCCUUGGGGAGGGUUCAGGAAAAGACGGGACAAAAUCCAUUGGCAGUGUUGAGGGAAGCAGUGCAAGGAGUUACUCCUGAUGUAGCUGUGAAAUCUAGGCGUGUUGGGGGUGCAACUCAACAGGUUCCUGUUGAAGUAGACACGACUCAGGGCAAAGCACUUGCGAUCCGUUGGCUGCUGGUGGCAGCUAGAAAGAGGCAAGGUCGGGAUAUGGUGUUCAAACUAAGUAAUGAGUUAAUCGAUGCUGCCAAAGGAAGUGGUGAUGCUGUAAGGAAGAGAGAGGAGACCCAUAGAAUGGCGGAGGCCAAUAGAGCUUUUGCACAUUAUCGUUAG